AUGCAAUAUGUUGGCUCUCAUUCAUCACGUGAACUGUUUGAGCUUGUCAAAUCUAUUGGAGAAUGUAGAUCAAAACAAGAGGAAGAUAGAAUUAUAUUGAAUGAGGCUGAAUGUUUGCAGUCAAAAUUUCUAGAAAGUGGUAUAUCUUCUAGUAAACUUCGAGAAUACCUAAUAAGGGCUAUUUAUGUUGAAAUGCUAGGUCAUGAUGCAUCUUUUGCUUAUAUACAUGCAAUUAAAAUGACUCAUGAUAAGAAUUCUCUAACAAAACGUGUUGGCUACUUAGCAUGCUGUAUAUUUCUCAAUAGUAAUCAUGAACUUCUUGUUUUAUUGGUAAAUACAUUACAACGUGACUUAAUAAGCCGUAAUCAGUUGGAUGUGUCUGCAGCACUAUCUUCACUCUCGCGACUUGUUAAUUUGGAGAUGUUACCGUCUAUUGAAUCUAGUGUAAUUAAAUUACUGGGCCACCAAAUAGCAGCUAUAAGGCGAAAAGCUUACUUGGUAACUUAUAAACUCUUGUUUUUAAGGCCAGAAAUUAUUACGGAUAAUCCAGAUAUACUAGAAAGAGGUGUAUGUGAUGUAGAUAUUUCGGUUGUCAACGCAGCUCUUCACUUAGUAAAGUAUGCGAGCCACAAUCAUCCAGAGCUUUGUACUCCUCUUAUCCCAUUUAUGGUUGCAACAUUAAAGCAAAUAUUGGAUCACAAUAUACCUAGAGAAUAUGACUACCAUUGGAUCCCAGCACCUUGGGUUCAGGUACAUAUCUUGGAUAUAUUUGCCUCUGUAGCAUCUAGAGAGAAAUCUUGUGCAGAGCAAGUAUACGAGAUAAUUCAAGCAACAUUGAAGAGAGCAGAAUUAUCAAUUGCAACUCCAAUGUUCAAUGGGUCAGUUGUCAUGCCAGUUAUUAACCCAAACACUUCAGCUAGUCCUAAUGGAGGAAAUAUUUCGUACGCAAUUCUUCAAUCAUGUAUCAGAACAAUAACACUUAUUCAUCCUUCACUUUAUUUGAUCGAAUUAGCAGCAAACACCAUUUCGAAAUUUUUACAAUCUGAUCAUAAUCACCUUCGAUCAGUGGGUAUAAGUUGCCUCUCAAGAAUUGUCUCUGUUAAUCCCAUCCACGCAAUACCCCACCAAAUGGUCGUUGUCAACUGCCUUGAGGACUCAGACGAAACACUUAGGCGUAAAACUUUAGAUCUUCUUUGCCAAAUGACAAACCCUAAGAAUGUUGAAACUGUCGUUGCAAAACUAAUGAGUCAUUUACGAAUAUCAACAGAUAUUUAUUUUAGAUCAGAGCUAUCAAAUAAUAUAGUUUCACUAAGUGAAAGAUUUGCUCCAAACUACAACUGGUAUUUGACAACAACUGUUAACCUAUUGGAAAUUGCUGGUAAACUUGUUUCAGUUGAAAAAGCAUAUAAUAUUGCACAAAUUAUUGCAGAAGGACCUACAGGUGACGAAACUAUUGAUAUAGAAUUUAGAUUUGAAGCCACAAAUCUUUUUAUUAAUGUGUUAGAAGAUAAAGUAGAAAAGCUACCGGAAAUUUUGUGUAAUCUUGCUAUUUGGGUUGUUGGAGAAUAUGGAUGUAUUGCCAAAAUUAACGACAAAUAUAUAAAUUCACUUGAAUCAGCACACAAAACUAUAAAUCUGUUAACAAGUAUAUUUAAUCGGUUGCAAAAAAAGACAAACUCUUGGGAAACAUAUGGAUUAAUAAUCAAGGCAGCAAUGAAAUGCUUCUCAAUAGCACUUUUACUAGUACUACGGAAUAAAAACCUAGUUUUAGAUAUUAUAAAAGAUGAUGUAGAAAAUCCGGAAAUAACUAUAAAAUAUAUAAUAAAUACAUGUAUGCCAAUGAUAGAAGCUUGUGAACACUCACCCAAUCAAUUAAUACGUCAGAGAGCAAAUGAGUUCAGAGUAUUAAUCAAUUACGAACAACUAGACACUAAAAUUGAAAAGGAUAUUCCACUGGAAAAUUUGGAAAAAAACAAAAUCUUGAAACUUUUUAACUCUAUUUUACCUUUUGAUGCUUCUUGUGAAGAUAUCCAAGUUGAUAAAAAACUCUUAUUCUUAGAUUCUGUAACUGAUGGAUAUAAACAAGAGUAUAUGGUGAACUUUAGUAAGUCAGCUCGUAUUAAUUCUAAGAUCAUACCUGCUAAGAAUCUAACUAAAUACAAAGGCAUAUCUCUAAACUUGAACACAACUAACCAACAACUUCAAAAAGAGAGCAAAGAUGAGUUGAAUAUGUUGUCUCACAACUCAUUACAAACUGAUCCAUUAUUUGGAUCAAUACAUAACGAUACAAAUAUUUCAGAACUCCCUGAUGAAGUGCAAGAAAAUCCCUACUCUGAGACUUCAAUAAAAACUGAAGGUAUGAAACGAUGGGGUCCUGAUGGAUACAAGCCUAUAAAUGAAUUAGCAAUAAGAGAAAAGAACAAAUCAGUUAUAAAUAAUAAACCAGAGAAAUCAAACUCUCUCAAGCCACAAAGUAGUUCAAACGAAAAAUUAGGUUUUAUGUUGAAAAUUGAUAGUCUAGAUAAACGUAUAACUCAUGUAGAUUCAGCAAUUGAGCUGCAAAAACAGAAAGAAGCCAUGGCACUAUUUAGUGGUAUAAUCUCAAGAGAUCAGAACAGUCCUAAUAAAAGAAAUAUUGAUGAAAAACCUACGAACAAAAAUUCAUCAGCUUCAACCAUAAGCAAUCCUGAUAUAAAUAUGUCUACUAACGUAGAAAAUAACUUUAAAGGACUUGAGAACUCCCGAAGUAUAUGUGAAACAUGCAAUUUACUAGAUAUAAAAUCUACACCUACUCAAAAUAUUGGGAUCAUACAACCUAGUAUUAAAAGUGAAUACGAAGCUAAAACUCACACAUCUAAAUAUAACUUUCCACUAUUCUUCCCUUUAAAUAUUUCAAUUAUUGAUAUAGCAAAUAUGUGGUCAUCCUUAGAGUUUGAGUUUUCACAAGAUGUGUUAUUGUAUGAUAAAGACUUUCAACAAAUUAUUAGUGAACUAGAAUCAAAUACUUGCUUUGCGUUUAUAUAUAAUGAAGAUAGUGAAAUCAUGUGUGCUGCAACAACAUCUCCUUCUGCAGGACAGACUGCCCUUCUGAGAAUUUUUUACUGCAAUAUUUCAACUCCUAAGUUUAUUGUGACAGGAAGAUCUAAUGAAAUGCCAAUAGCUAAGUCAAUAGUUCAAAUAUGUUCUUCAUAUAUCCAGAACUCUGGCAAAUCCCAUCACAAAUAUAGUCAAAAUUACAUUUGA